AAGAUGGUGUUACACCUCGAAGAUCAUCAGUCUGAGUCUUCUUCCUCACAUAUCAACAAAUAUGUCUCUUAAGUUCGUGCUGGUGCUAUGUGUGGUGACGAUGGCAGUGGCGCGCCCUCAGAAUCACCCCAGACAGUACUAUGGCUCCCCAGGUUCUGACAUUCCUGCUCAGUACAACUUCAACUGGCAAGUGAAAGAUGACCCCUCCGGCAAUGACUUCGGUCACGAAGAGUCCCGUGACGGCGACAACACCCAGGGCUCCUACUACGUGCUGCUUCCCGACGGUCGCCUGCAAAGGGUCACCUACACUGUUAAUGGCGACUCCGGUUACGUGGCCGAGGUGACCUACGAGGGCGAUGCCCAGUUCCCUACAUACCAGUCUUCCUACACACCAGCUCCUCGCUACACCUAAGGAUUUUUUAAGUGAUAUUAUUUAUUUCAAUAUACCGGAUAAUAUACUUAAAUAUGUAAAUAAAAUUAUUGCAUUGCAA